AAGAGGAUGUGACGGUUGGUAAGUUCUACGCGACCUUCCUGAUUCAGGACUACUUCAGGAAGUUCAGGAAGAGAAAAGAGCAAGGAGAUCUGGAAGAGGGCGACCCAAACAACACCUCUGCUGCCCUACAGGCAGGUCUGCGUACGCUGCAAGACCUGGGGCCAGAGAUGAGGAUGGCCAUGUCAGCUGACCUGGAGGAGGAAGAGGGCAUGGAGGAAGAGCCAGAGGAAGAUGAGACUGAUAAUGGCUAUGCCCCUGAGGGUAAGGACAGGCGUGGCUCCAUGGUCACCACCCUUACUGGAGGAGGAGGUAUGCCCAGGGAGAGUCUCUCCAACGGGGGUCUGGCCCACCGAGGUUCCACCUCAUUCUCCAAGACCCCCAACGGAGGAGGCCUGGAGCAGGAUGAGCUGAGACGAGGAGACAACAUGAGGUCUUCGCUCAACCAUCAUCAUCGUCAUUCUUCCAUUAAGAACGGACUGGUGGACCAACCGGCCAUGAGCAGAAGGAAUUCUAACAAGUAUUCAAGACUUCGUUACCCUGACGACCCUCCUCUGUACCCUGGUCAGCAUGACCACACGUACGACGCCCACACCCCCAGCAACGCUGCCUACGGUAAUAACUAUGGCAACGGGAACGGGAAUGGCUAUGGAGAUGGACGGAGGACUGCGAGGAGACGCCUCCUCCCCGCCACACCUACCGGUCGUAAGCCAUCCUUUAAUAUCCAAUGUCUGAGGAGGCAGGACAGCAAUGAUGACCUCCCCAUCCCAGGAACCUACCACCAGAACUCUCCCCCCUGCCGGGCACGCACACAGACGUACGGCAGUUACGAGUCUCGUCGCAGCAGCAGCCGUUCCUCAACAGGUUCCUCUGCCUCCUGGGCCAACCCUUGCCCUCGCCGAGGUCGCCUCCUCUACGCCCCUCUCAUCCUGGUCGAAGAGGAAGGGGCGGGUGGCAGCGGCGGCGGAGGCUCCGGGAUCUGGGGGGACAAGACGGGUGGAGGGGCCAACGUGACGGCGGCCACCUCCCGACCUGGCCCUGCGGGGUGGUACACGGGGCCCCCUUGUCCCUCAGGAGGGUCCCAGGCACCAUACAGGGCCUAUACCACACUAAGGGUCCCCACACAGCUCAGCCCUCACUACAGCGACAAGAGAGGCAGCGCUGAUAGCCUGGUGGAAGCGGUGCUGAUCUCAGAGGGGCUGGGUCUGUAUGCCAAGGACCCCAAGUUUGUGGCCUUCGCCAAACGGGAGAUUGCUGACGCGUGUCACAUGACAAUUGACGAGAUGGAAAGUGCGGCCAGCGACCUGCUGAGUCGGGGAAACAGGGGCGGAGGGGGUGGCGGUUUCCUGAACAAUCCCGACCUUGGAACCCUGUACAGCGACGAGGAGCCAAUCAGAACGGGCCGCGACGAGGAAGACCUGGCGGACGAGAUGACCUGCGUCACUUCUUUCUGAUCUGGAUGACGGUCGAUCAAUUAAUCAAUCGAUCGAUCGUG